AAAAAAACAAAGAAAUCAUAAGAGCAGCAUAUAAAUAUAAGGAAUUUAUUAUGCCCAAUGCAACUUUAUUCCGAAUAAAAUGUUGUGCGUGGCAUAUUUGAGUGUAAGCGCCCAUUAAUGUGUGUCUGCGAGUGACUAAAUGAGUGCUGGUGAGUGUGUGUGUGUGUGUGCGUGUGAAUAUCCGGUAAGCCAAAUGACUUCGUAUAAGUGUAUUAGAGUGUUUGCAUUUUUUGAUUGUUCCCAGAGACCCAUAAAACAAGAGGUCGGUCAUAUGAGUAAGACCCCACACUAACAAGUGCCAAAGCAUAACAAAGGAUUAUUGUCAUCAUCACAGCCUACUAUAUACCCUGCCAACAUAGCGAGGCUCUUAACUUCUUUGCAUACUUGGCCCUUGCCAAAACAUCACCAUGCAAAUAUAAACAAAAACAAAUUGGCAAACAAAGCUUAACAUUUAAACAAACAAACCAACACUCAUCCUUACUUGUAUGUUUUAUAUAUGUGAAGGGGAGCUCACGUCACCUCAAUAAAAGGAUCCUUUGAAUGCUUCCAAGUGUGUUAAAUGUAUAAUUGCCAUGUUAAUGAUCUCAAACAGAUGGUAAUACACCACUACACCUACAACAAAGUGUACUAACCCUGAUAUAAAAAAAAAAAUAUAAAAAUAAAAAAAAACAACAACAACAAACAAAAAGUGAAUACGCCCUUACUGUUGUUCGCAAAGCCACAAUAAAGAGGAGAAAAAAUGUAAACCCAAGCAGAAUAAUAAUGAGUUCAAAUGAAAGUGAAAAUCAUAACGAUGCCAUAAGGUCAAUGAUAAAAUCCUGCAAAGGAUAACAGCAACAAGAGGAGGAAAAAAAGGAAAAGUGUUUCGCAAAAAAACACCGUUUAAUGGUCAAAUCUCAAAUAUAAAAUAAAGUGUGUGUAACAUUACAACAAGUAGCCCAACGCAGAAAACGCACAAAAAAGGAUAUUCCAAAGGAUUACCAGAGUGUAUUAAUGAAAUUAUAUAAACAAGAUAACAUAUGGAUUAUUAUUAGCCCUGGGCGUUGAGAAAUACAAACAAAACUACAAAAUACUUUGAAAUCAGCAAAAAUUCCUGCCAGACUCCAUCCAGCAACAAGGAAUACCAGUUGUUUAGCACUAAAUGAAAUACCAACAGAUCAUUGCUAACAUAUGCUGCAACAGAGCAGGUACACCGCAUACCAAGGGACAUCCAUGCUGAUGUCGAUGAUGAUGAUGGUGGGAAUAUUGGUGGAAAGUUAGAGGUUUUAGUAGCCAACAUAGUCACAAUAACAAUGGUGGCAUCAACCAUAUUCCCCUUACGAAUGACAGGAAGAUAUUAAAGGGAAAAGGAACGCUUCCCACCAAACGUAGCACAAAAUAAAAAAAAAGUAGCAAAACUAUUUUCUAAAGUUAACAAGUAUUCGCAAAGUAUGAAUUUCUAUCAAAGAGUGAGAAUAAACUCCAGCUCACCAACGACAGCAGCAUCGAAGGUGGCCAUAGCAUUCUUAGGAGUCGCAGAAGCAACAUCAGCACUAACACUACCGAUAACAAGUGGCACAAAUGUUAAAACCAACACCACAACAACAACUAGACGAGAAAAGGAAAUAUCAAAAACAACAGAAACAAGACCCCGACCACCUUCAGCAUCACCAUCAAGAGUGCUUGCCAACACCCACGAUACCAUUUACAGAAAUUCUAUCUCAACUUCCCUACCAGCCGAUACCUCCGCAUCCGCCUCCGCCGUAGUCACCAGCCCGACCGCUAUUAUCCGCUCUGGUCUAUCCCCCUACACUUGCUGCCCCACCACAGACUCAAUUUGCCACUGCUGCUGCUCCGCCUUGUUGUCUACUAAUGCAAAGAAAAACUCGAGGCGAUUUUGCGAUAUAACAUCAGAAACAGACACUAUGGCUAUAGUAGUCAAAGCAUCUGAAGAAAAACAUGCACAGGAGAUAGAGGUGCGGCCACCACUUACAUCAAUGUCAGCACAACAAAUACCAUCAUCAUCGUCAUCAUCGAGAAGGAGGAGAAGAGUAGAACAUGGUGAUGUGGCAAAUGAAGAAACAAUAACAGCAACCCCAACAACAUCAGCAGUAACAACAUUUCAAAGAAGGCCAACAACAGAAACAGCAUCGCCUUCGCCAUCACUAUCAUCAUCGCUAUCACAAUCGCCAUUGCCAUUGCCAUCACCAUCACCACCGCCUCAGCCACAACCAUCACCAUUGGGCUGCUAUUCUAGUCCAGGCAGUCGAAACUUGUAUCGAAACAUUAAAAUGCCCCUAAGACGUUUAAUGUUAACAAUAAUGGCAGCUGUUGUCCUUAGCACGGAGUUUACGAUAUGUGGCACCACUUCAAUGCUGGAGCAAAAGCUCAAAGUGAUUUCAUUGGCGAAUAACAACAACAACAGCAACAAUUCAAAUAUACCUGCAGCAACAGAGACAACAACAGCUACAAAUAAAUCUUCCAAAGUCAAUGACAGUUUACCAAAUUCACCUGUCACCUUGACAACAACGCUUACAACAAUACCGUCUAUGGCAUCAUCAAGUCUGCCAUUGACAAAGUCGUCGUCGUCGUCGUCAUUGUCGUCAUUGUCAUUGUCAUCAAUAUCAUCGUUAUCACCAUCAACAUCGUCAUCAUCAUUAUCCGCAUCAGAAACGUUGUCCGCCACAUCAAUAUCAUCCUCUUCAAUGGAGAGAAAGUCAUUAAAGUCCUUGGAAACGGCAGCUCUCACCGAAGCAUUGCCUUCAUCGUCCACAUCAUCGCAAUCGUCACAAGUGACGCCAAUGGCUGCUGUGGAGACUGCUGAAACAUUGCCAUUUCUAUCAUCAAUGUCCUCUUCAUCCCUGUCCUCUUCCUCCUCCUCCUCUUCGUCGUCCUCCUACCUAACGGCAACCACACUGAUACAGAAUGAGCCACUUACACUGGACGAUUUUAAUGCAUCCAGUGAAUUAUUAUCGGGGCCCACAUCAAUCUUGGGCACAUACGAUGCCAGUGAUUUACCGCCCCUAACCGAAGCUGAACAGGCGGCCAAGGAUUUAUUAACGAAGGGAUUUUCAAUUCCCACAUAUUUACCACCGUUUCCCGUGUUCGCCGUCGCAGAUUUGCCAGCUUAUUUAAACACGGUAUCCACAACGACAACAGAGGCGCCAUCAAAUCACCACAUGUCACCCGACAAUAUGAGCUCUCUCGAAAAUCUUCUGUAUUUCGAUAAUAUAGGUGGAAGUGACCAGGCGCAACUGCAGCGUCGGUAUCAGCAUCGCAAAUUGCAAAUUCCCAGGAGAAAUUCUAGUUUAGCCGGUGCCAACAAUGUGACCGUACAAGAGGGCAAUCAUGCUUAUUUGCCAUGUCGAAUUCAUCGCUUGCAAAACAAACCAGUGUCUUGGGUACGUUUACGUGAUGGUCAUAUCAUAUCGGUGGAUCAAACCACAUUCAUUGCCGACCAAAGGUUCCAGGCGAUAUUUCAGGAUGACAAAGAGUACACAUGGUCAUUGCAAAUAAAAUACGUUCAGCAAACCGAUGAGGGCUGGUUCGAGUGCCAAGCUAGUUCAGAGCCAAAAAUGAGUGCCAAAGUGUAUUUGAAAGUUAUUGUGCCAUUAACCGAAUUGAUUGGGGACCAAUCGCGCUUCGUUAAGGCCGGCAGUAAAGUGGCAUUGCAUUGCAUAGUCCGAGGCACACUGGAUCCACCGCAAUAUAUUAUCUGGUAUCGUGACAAAACGCAAAUAAGUGACGACAAUAAAAUGGGUUGGUAUACGCAAUUGGAUCGCAAUAUAUUUGGAAGCAGUGGCGACAAUGAGAAUACGAUUGGAUCUCUCAUUAUACCUUCAGUGCGUAAAGUGGAUUCCGGAAAUUAUACCUGCCAGCCAUCGAACAGUGCAUCCGUUUCCGUUGACCUGCAUGUGCUUAGCGGUGAAUAUUCUGCAUCGGCCAUUAUGUCAGCAGCACGAACUUAUGCCCUUAAUGAUGCUUAUCUGUUGAUUUUACUUUUAUUGAUGUUAUUACACAAUACGUGAUUCUGGGGCCAAAAUACGAAUUAAGUGUUGCAAUUAAUUUAAAUUUAUGGACUACGAGGCGGGCAUCAUCUCCCUAUCACGGCAAAGUAAAUACAAAAUGACAUGCAUUCAUCUCCUCGUCUCGAUCUGUUUGCAAGACAAACAUUCAAACGAACAAGCAGUCAUCCAACCAAGCAACCAAUCAUUUUGUUCACGUAGAGACCAAACGAAGGACCUACCGAACGACUUAGACUUGAAGUUGGAUUUUGAAUGCGUGUAAAUGUGAAUGUGAAUGUUUUGCGGUUGUGGUAAAUGUGAGUAAACAAAUUAUAGCUGAAGGACAACAAAAACAACCAAACAAAAUUACAUUAAAUCGAAUAUCCCAGACACGUUUUGUGUAAGCAAAAGGAUAAUAAGAACAAACAUUUAGCAAAGUAAGACACACAGCAAAAGAGAACGAAAGAGAGAUAGAGAAGGAGCAUCCUAAACAUAUGUAAAUAAUAUCGUAAAGGUAAAGCUGAACACAGACACACACACACACACAUACAUCCCUACUCACACAUUAAAACAAUAAUCUAAAAUCCAAUAAAACCUAAAUUUAGAUAAUUCUCAAUAAGUAUUAGUUGUCUGACUGCGGUUUAUCAAAGUAUAUGUAAUAUUAACUUUUCACAUACAUAUAAAGAUAACUACAACCUAAACAAAUAGAGAGCAAAAAAAUAAAGAAAACAUUGGACACUUUUUCAUAGAAAAGUCUAUAGAAA